AUCAAAUAAAAAGAAUUCAAUUUUCUUUUUAUACAGUUAAUACAGCCAUGCCAAUUCAACAAAUAGUUCUUCAUCCAACUGUUGACCGAUCUCUAAAGUAUGCCUCCACGACAGUGGGUCGUGAUAAGGUUUAUAGAGCUGUUCAAUACUUUGCACGCUUUUUGGCUUGGUAUCUUAAGCGCCAAGACUAUAAUAAUAAAGAGAUAAUUCAACGGCUCAGUAAUUUGAAAAGUGCAUUAGGGCUUUCAAGAAAACUUAUGAGACUUGGAAAAUCAAUGGAACACUUGCAGCAUGCUACAAAAGCUCUUAAUGUAGAAGACGAGUUCGCGAAAUAUGUUACUAUAGGUCGACAGCUUGGUUAUGCUGUCUAUCUAUUCUGGGAUACAUUUAGCUGGGUUCACAGCGCUGGAGUAUAUAAGUUCCAGCAAAUAAAAAGAAUAAAUGAAAAUGCUUAUAAAGCUUGGCUUAUGGGACUUUUAUUCUCAAUUAUUCAUGGUUUAUAUAAAUUGCAUCAAAUUAAUUCUCAACGUGGCUCUUUGAUAAGCAAAGCCAAAAUUGCGGAAACUAGCGAACGUUCGAAAGAUACUGCAACACUUAAGAAAGAACGUAAAGCCGCUAUCAGACAACUUAUUCAAGAUGUACUUGAUUGUUCUAUCCCAGCUACAGCGCUCGGAUAUAUCCAUCUCGAAGAUGGGUUGGUUGGCCUUACUGGUUUUAUUACUUCUAUUAUGGGUGCUCAAUCACAAUGGAAAAAAGUCAAUGGGCCAUAGUAAAUCAGUAUCAAAAAUAUUAAAUAUUUAUUUUUAUUUGUGAAGAUAUGAAAUAAAUUCGGGAAAAAACAUCAUAUUUUGUAUAAAUCAUUAAACUGUUUUUUUGCGGAUGAUGAAAUACGCAUUAACCAUU